AUGGUGGCGACGAAUGGCCGUGGGCGGACGGGCUGUGUGCCGCCACCCAUCGAGCACAACGAGCCGGAGGAGUUUGGGAGGCUGCUGGUGCGAGUGGUCGCGGGCCGGCUGGGUCAGGGCGAGCACCAGGAGGCGGCAUUCUGUGCGCGCAAGCCAGGCAAGGCAGGCGAGCAACAAGGGAGCAAGGGACACCGCGGCCCCACGGACAAGUCCCACCAGCCCAGGCCGCUCGGGCAGCUGGGCAGCCUGGCACCGCAGAGACUGGCGGGUGGAACGGCCCAGUCCGGCAGCACAAGACCAGCGCUGAUCCUGCAAGUCGAUUCGGUCGAGAUGGGUGCCAUGGUCAUGAAGGGCAAGACGGUCGAGAUGGGCAAGCCAUGUAACUCGGGCGGCAUCGGUGGGCCCAUUCCGAGCAGCGGCGUCGAGAUCAUCCACCACUUCGGCGGUCGCCUUCGACUGGCCCCGUACAGGCAAGUAACGGACCAAGGCAGGCAAGCGGGCUGGUCCAAAGGAACACCGGCGCAAGGGGGCCGCGGGAGCCACAGGCCAGGCAAAAAUGCCGCACGAGCGUCGCGGCGGUGGGGGAUAGAUCGGGUGGAUCUGCGGUGGUGA